AUGAUCCUUCAGGACCCUAUCUCUCCUGAAAGUCCCUUUCGCCAGCAGAAGCUGGUGAACGGGAAAUCACUCCGGGAUCUGAGUGCUUAUGACGGUUACUCUUGCAGUCUUCGGGAGACUCCAGAGUAUCGAUUCAGCGACCUUCACAAGGUGUCACAUCUUGGAGGGGGGUCAUACUCCAAGGUUUCACUAGUGAUUACAGCAUCGAAAGAUCAGUUGGCCAUGAAGUCUUUGGAUCCAGCGAAGUUGGGCACACAAAAUGCCUUUGUUGAUGCAGCUGUUGAUCUAGCACGGGAAGCAAACAUAUUAUCAAAACUUGAUCACCAGAACAUCAUUCGAUUGCGAGGAGUUCCGUGCACUAGCCUUUCCGAAUCAUUCUCUGACGCAGAGGUCAGCAGCCAAAGCGACGAUGGAUAUUUCAUUCUGCUGGAUACCAUUGACGAGACCUUGAAAAGCCGCCUUUCAAGAUGGCGUAGAGACCUUCGAACAUCCGCUAAGGGACGAAAGAAGGGCACCAUCAGUAGAGCAUUAUCCUUUGAUGCCUGGAAAAAGAAAGUUAGCAAGCAAGCCUCCAAAGUGGACGAUGCCAAAAUGAAGGAUCGAAUGCGUAUAGCAGCAGUGGGAGUUGCUUGUGGUAUGCAGUAUCUUCACGAAGAAGGUGUUAUUAUGCAAGACCUCAGCGUAUCCAACGUUGGAUUCGAUCAGCGUACUGGUGAAGUCCGAAUAUUCGAUUUUGGCAUGGCGCACAAGGUGAACGAACUAUCCAAUCCCCUCCAAGACAAGAGGGAAGAAGGUCUCGUUUGCGGAACUCCACGCUACAUGGCUCCAGAAGUCAUGCAAGGUGCUGGAGGAAGCAAAGAAUCCGAUGUCUUCUCGUUUGGCGUUAUGUUGUACGAGAUUUGUACUCUGCAGUCCUUCUUUUCUUUGGACACCGACCUUCAAUGCUUUGAGAAACACGUUCUCUCUGGUGAGCGACCAUCGUUGGACAGAACUGUUCCUUGCAUGCAGACAAGGAAUCUUAUCUCGAGCUGUUGGGCUACCGAUCCAAAGGAUCGCCCUACAUUUGAUGAGAUUGUGGAUGUUCUUGUUACUAUCCUUACUGCCGAUGACAAUGACUCGACGCUUGUUGAUGAAAAUCCUCGCGCGCUUUGGUAA